AUGACUAGUUGGACUAGAGACCAUACAUCUCGACUGUUUAGGACAGAAUCAUUGACAUUUUUUAGCUCUGCAUCAUCUUCUGUAGAAUCAUCAUCAGACACUGAUAGCGUCAUGGCUGAAAAUGAGAAUCAUGAUAGAGAAAUGGGGAAUCCAAACAGGACACUUAGAGAUUAUUUGCAACCUGUUAGAACUAGCACACCCUCAUGCAUAAUUCAACCUUUGGAUGCAAACAAUUUUAAUUUCAAACCUGAAAUGAUUCCAUUAAUUCCACAUUUUCAUGGCAUGGAUUCUGAGAACCCUUAUUUGCAUAUCAAAGAGUUUGAAGAGGUUUGUUCUACAUUCAUGGACCGGACUUGCACUAAGGAGGUUAUAAGGCUUAAGUUGUUCCCAUUGUCUUUAAAAGAUAAAGCUAAAACAUGGUUGAAUUCAUUGAGACCUAGAACCAUACGUACAUGGCAAGAGAUGCAAGCAGGAUUUUUGAAAAAAUUCUUCCCAAUACAGAGGACAAAUGCUUUGAAAAGACAGAUCAUGAAUUUUUCUCAAAAGGAUUCUGAAACUUUUUAUCAAUGUUGGGAAAGAUUCAAGGAUCUAUUAGAUUCAUGUCCACACCAUGGUUAUGAACAUUGGCGUGUGAUUAGUUUUUUUUAUGAAAGUUUGACACCUAAAAUGCACCAAUUUGUACAAACCAUGUGUAAUGGAAAUUUUUUUGACAAAGAGCCUGAGGAGACAUUUGAAUAUUUUGAUUAUCUUGCUGGAAAUGCCCAAACUUGGGACACAACUGAUGUGCAUGAUAGGUCUAGGCAAGUUGAGUCUAGUCAUAGAAAACAUACUUUGAAUGAAGAUGAUGAUUUGCGUGCGAAAUUAACUUUGUUGCCUAGAAAAGUGGAAGCCGUGGAAUUGAAGAAAGUAAAUGAAGUGCAUGCUGUCCCUAAAUUUUCUGAGAAGGGUGACAUAUGUGAGGAUCGUGGGCAUUCAACUGAUGAAUAUCCCACGAUCCCUGCUUUCAAGGAAGUGUUAUUGGACCAAUCUAAUGAUUCUGGUCCUUACACUAAUUCUUAUGAUCCAGGAUGGAGGAGCCACCCAAAUCUCAGUUGGAGGGGUGACCAACAUGUAACUUCAGCAACCUUGGCCCCGGAGCCCUCUCAACUGGCAAUUCAAGCACCUCCAAUGCAAAAGAAGGGAUUUGAAGAUACAGUUCAGCAGCUGAGUACCCAAGAGGAGGGUAAAUUUCCUGCACAGUCACAACCAAAUCCACAAGGGCAGCCUCAUCAAGUGCAAGCAAUAAGUGAGGAUCCUACCUUAAAGUCGGUCAAAGCGGUGACUACUUUAAGAAGCGGUAAGGUGGUAGACAUUCCUGCACAUGAGCCAUACAAUUCUGAUUCUUCUAUACCACUUCAAGAGACUAAGUGAAUGCCUUCUGAAUGGUCCACCCAAAAUAAACGUCGGUUUCUCUCCGAGCAAAGAAAACAGUUUCAAAAAUUUUGCAAAUCCCGAUGGAGUGGGCCGUACAUUGUAAAUCCCAGGGAAGUGUCUUG